AUGCUUGGGAUAGUUGGUCAGCGAGGACGACUAUUGUCCGAAGCAGUAAAAAACACGGGAUAUUUGCUACAAGGCAAGUAUAUUUGCUCUGGACUGAGUACACCCGAGUGUGAAGACGUUGCCGAUGAUGGACAUGGAAUCGUCACGGCGCCUUUGCUCCGAGGUGGAACUGAAUAUGUCAGAGUAUAG